AUGCGCGGAGCUAAACCGAGACACUUCAAUACAGCACAAAUGGCUGCGAGUUUUUGCAGAACAACUUGUGCGUUUAUAUGGAUGUUUACAGUUAUUUCAGCCGCUCGAGUAUAUCCACCUAACGAAGGUAAGGAAAUACGUGGUUUGGAAUUGUUUUGCCUUAACUUAAGGGAGGGUACGGUUCUCCGAAAUAUUUUGUUAGGCUACUUAACGUGCCUUCUUAAUUGAGGGUCAGUUUUUCCCUUCAAAUUCGACCACUAUUGGAAACUGAUAUUUCUUAUUUCGCGAAUACAUAAUUGGAGUUCCUAACCGCUGCCAGGAAAGCACAGUUUUUCCUCUUUUAUUUGACUUUUAUCCAACAAUUUAAUCACAAGCCUAGAAUGAUGAAUGAUCAUCGCAAUCACUGCAAUCAAAAAAAUUUAUGCGGUUGCCCCCCAUACUAUCUUUCUUUAUCAGGUUCAGUCUUUUACAGUUUCGUUUUAGCUGAAUUUCAAUUUCAUGCAGGCAGUAGCCUACUCAGCCUACAGCAAUUUGAACAGGGGCACAAAUUAAACCUCAAUAUUCUGACAAAUUUCAAAUUUCUGACAGUGCCGUUUUAAGCAGCGUUCUGUGAUUUACGGCCUUUGCGCUACGGGUUUUAUCCCAAAUCCCAACCCAGUGUCAUGAGCGAGCUAUAUGUACAACGUGUAGCCCAAAAUCUAUACAUUCGUUCCAGUAUAUUUGAGAUAGUCUGUCUGUUUGUGAUAUUUUAUCGAUCUUAUAAUUAUCUUGCCAUAUCUGCAUCUGAAUGAAUACAGUAUGUAUGGACUCUUGUUGAGCCCAAGAGUAGUUGAAGAUUGAAUCAUUUCCAUGUAUUGCCAAUGGAAAUUGGAAAUCACCUUCCUUGCCUGUGUGUAACUGUAUGUUUCAGAGACAUUACUGGACACAAGGACAGUUCCUGGCGAGCUGAAAUGGGCGGCCAGUCCAACAGAAGGAGGGGUGAGUGGUCCUGCUUCAGUGAGAAUGUGUGUUUGCAAUGCAUGGGUGUACACAGGUAUACUAUGGGUGAGUAUUUUUAAAAAAUACUGUAUAGUCCAAGCUAGACUGCAUUCUACUGCAGUCUCCAUCUCCCUCUUUCUUGAAUGCUCACUCUCUCUCACUCUCACUUUCACUCUCUCCAACCUCUUUGUUAGUUUAAGAGUUAUUGGUGACCUUGACUCCUCCAGUCUCCCUGCGCUCACUUCUUUUACUGAACUGCUUGAUUGACAAGGUCCUGGUCCCCACGCACUGAGCCUUUUGAUUGCCAGCAUACCCCCCCCCCCCCCCCCCCUACCCAUUACACACACACACACACACACACACACACACACACACACACACCCCUCUCCACAUCACAGUCGGGGCCAGUGUACAGCUUAAUGACUGUGACAGCUGUGAUUUCUGUCCUGCAACAAAGACUCCAAAGGAGGGAAUAAAACUUGGAGUCAUACUCUAUGACAGCUCCUAUAGAACAUCUCCCCUCCUCUACACACACACACACUCUCUGGCUCGUUAUGUCUAAAGCUCUCACCAGCAGGGAGUGGGAACCACAUUAUUAUUCCAUGGUAAUGAGAUGCCAUAGUUAGGCAAGGUCACCGUACAACUCCAUAAAACGUCCUUGAUAAACUAUCCAAGAUAAACGCAUGGAAUGUUUUGUAGUCACUGAAGCUGAUUAUUGACUAGAAAUGACUUUGGUCUAAUGAUCAGAAUGUGUGUGUUCCCAGUGGGAGGAGGUGAGCAUCAUGGAUGAGAAGAACGUCCCCAUCAGAACGUACCAGGUGUGUAACGUGAUGGAACCCAGCCAGAGCAACUGGCUUAGAACCGACUGGAUCCCUCGGUCUGGAGCGCAACGCAUCUACGUCGAGAUCAAGUUCACUCUCCGGGACUGUAACAGCCUGCCUGGAGUCACCGGCACCUGUAAGGAGACCUUCAACCUCUACUACUAUGAGUCUAACAACGACAGAGAGCACUACAUCAGAGAGAGCAACUUUCUCAAGAUCGACACCGUGGCAGCCGAUGAGAGCUUCACUCAGGUUAGGACUCUUGGUUUGUUUUUACUCUCUUUGUUAAAUUUUAAGAUCUGACGGUGUGUUGAUGAUGUUUUUUCAAUGUGAAAAUUACAAUGAGGUAACAUUGUUGUGUUCUUAUCGCUAUUUAUUAUCAGUAAUUAUGUUAUUAUUAUGAUGAUUAGGUGGACAUUGGGGACCGCAUCAUGAAGCUGAACACGGAGGUGCGUGAUGUAAAGGUCACAACCCGGAAGGGUUUCUACCUGGCGUUCCAGGAUGUUGGCGCCUGCAUCGCUCUGGUUUCUGUACGUGUCUUCUACAAAACCUGCCCCCUCACUGUCCGCAACUUAGCAACCUUCCCAGAUACCAACACCGGGGCUGACACUUCCUCAUUAGUGGAGGUCAGAGGGUCGUGCGUGAACCAAUCAGAGGAGAGGGAGGAGCCCAAGAUGUAUUGUGGCGCAGAUGGGGAAUGGCUGGUUCCCAUUGGUGGGUGUGCCUGUAACCCGGGAUACGAGGAGAAAGGCGGCGCCUGUCAGGGUAAGGCAUUUGAUUUACUUUUAAUUUAAUGACCACAUUUUCUUCGAAAUUGUAUCGAACCCCGGGCACAUGAACUUAGUCGACUGAGCUAAAGUUAAGUCCUCAGCUCUUGGACCUCUGGAAGAUCGAGGGAGGGAAAUAGGAGAGACUGGAGAGAACAGACGUUCUGACGACAGUUUUAUAGCACGCCAUUACUCUCUCUGAAUAGAGUCUCUAUUCAACACACACACACCAGUUGAGCGUCAGUGCUUCAGUAGGGAAUGAUAUACAGCUGUGGGUCUAUUCUCACAAUCGUAUUUAUGAUGGCCAUUCCAGCAGGCUAAUUACAUAACAAACGGCUAAAACUUUUAAAGGCCUGCGGACAGAACAGAGGGUGUGUGUGUGAUAGUAGUGAAAAGGCUAGCUAUCAAACUUUUAUAUAUGUGACAGACACCAGGUUCUCUCCCUCCCUCUCUCUUCCUCUCCAUCCCUCUCUCUCCAUCCAUCCAUACCUACCUCUCUUUCUCCAUAGCAGAGUUAAUGACAUCUAAAGACUGUUUUCUUUAACAAGAUUUAACUAGACCCUUGACUCUGAUCACCUUUGAACUGAAGUGAAGGACUAGCUCUUUUUAAGUAUUUCCUUUGCCCCACUCUAAGUCGACACAGCCCACUCAGGACUGGAGUACUCUAGUGAUUUGCCAUAGCACUGUCAGGCUUGACAUCCGAUUGGACCCAAUGUUAAAUCUUACCAUCAUAUCAAUUAGCGGACUGCAAACAAUGGACGAGUGACCAAUAUGGAGAGAGAAACGGAGACAGAGUGAGGCAGUGAAUGAUAAGAAGACUUUAUAGCACUAUAGAGUGCUAUAAAGAGACAGAGAGCGAAAUAGAGAAAUGCAGAGAGAUGCCGGCCCCCUCCUCCUCCACCAUGGAAGAGUUCAAAAGGUGCUCCUCUCUCCCAGCCUUGCGUGCCAUUGGAUAGGAUACAAGGUGGAUAGUGGGAAGCGCAGACGCGUUCAUCUUCAAUGUGGGCAUGCUAAGUGGUGAGGAGGGGUGGAGAGAGGUGGAAGAUUGGAGAGAGAGGGGGCGGAGAGGAAGGAGGGAUUUGUUUGUGAAUGGAGAAAGGGUUCUAUAAGGAGGCCAUUUACGGCAUAAGGCAUCAAUGAUAGCCCAGCCCCCCAAUUGUUGCUAUGUCGGGGUGUUAGAGGGGGUGCAGUGAGCUCACACGGGGUCGAGAACACAAGCAUAAGAGAGGUUACCCCCACACACACACACACACACACACAAACACACACACACACACACACACACACACACACACACACACACACACACACACACAUUCACACCUUUAAGAGAAGGGUCAUGACCAGGCUUGAUGAAGCCGUCAUAAACUUUGACAGACACUCACAAACACACACACACAAAUACACACUGUUAAGUUGUGAAGGGCAGGGUCAUGACCGAGGUUGAUGAAGACGUCAAAACUCUGACAGCUGUGAUUCGGCUUGGAGGAGAGGAAGCAAGGGAGGGACAGAGAAGGAGAGUAGAGACUGCAGAGGGGGUUUAAAUGUGAAUGGGACAGCCAGACUCCGGAAUGAAAAAGGAUCUCUGCGUUUUGUUCGAGUUUUGUUUUGAGUUUUGUUUGAGGUUUGACGCCGCCUUUGUAGAGGGCCUGUUCAGUUGUGGUUACUCAUCUGCUGCUGUUACUGUGUUUGGAUGUGGGCGUUAUCUACUGCAGUGUGUAUAUGUGUUUGUAUGUGAUAUACAGUGCAUUCGGAAAGUAUUCAGACCCCUUGACUUUUUCCACAUUUUGUUACAGCCCUAUUCUAAAAUUGAUUAAAUCGUUUUUUUCCCUCAUCAAUCUACACACAAUACCCCAUAAUGCCCCCCAAAAACUGGUUUUUAGACAUUUUUUGCAAAUGUAUUAAAAAUAAAAAAAAUGAAAUAUCACAUUUACAUAAGUAUUCAGACCCUUUACUCAGUACUUUGUUGAAGCACCUUUGGCAGCGAUUACAGCCUCGAGUCUGUGUGACGCUACAAGCUUGGCACACCUGUAUUUGGUGAGUUUCACCCAUUCCUCACUGCAGAUCCUCUCAAGCUCUGUCAGGUUGGAUGGGGAGCGUUGCUGCACAGCUAUUUUCAGGUCUCUCCAGAGAUGUUAGAUUGGGUUCAAGUCCAGGCUCUGGCUGGGCCACUCAAGGACAUUCAGAGACUUGUUCCGAAGCCACUCCUGCGUUGUCUUGGCUUAGGGUCAUUGUGUGCUUAGGGUCGUUGUCCUGUUGGAAGGUGAACCUUCGCCCCAGUCUGAGGUCCUGAGUGCUCUGGAGCAGGUUUUCACCAGUGGCCAGUGGCUGUUGUGCCCUUGGCCCGGAGUGCUGCGUUGUGCCCUUCUCCCUGAGUGCUGCGUGUUCAGAAGCACCUCUCACUCACAUGGCUCUCCCUCACAUGAUCAGGUUUUUCUCACAGGCUACAAGUGAAGACAGACACAUCGGGGACGCAACUGCGCUCGUCCUUAUCCAAUUCCGAGGUGCAUAUUGAAGAUAUAGGAAGAACUGUCCACAUGUACUUUUCGUCAGCCAACAAGAUGAGUAGGCCUAAUGAACAGCAAAAGCACUAGCCUAUGUCAAAAUUCUAUCCCCCAUAGUACAAAAGUUGACCUAUUCUGUGUGAGAAAUACAUAUUCCAAACAUGGUCUUGGUCAGUUGUGGGAUGCGAUAGAGCUAAAAUUAAUACAACCACUAGCAUCAAAAAACAUUAUUUACGCAAUGUGGCUGACGCAACCGAUCAGAACGUUUAGCUUAACAUGUUGAUAAACUUUUAGGCUAUUUCUUCACAUUAUAAGCGCAGCAAUGCACAUACAGCAGUAGGCUUUAAGCGCAAAUGUUCCAUUAGCGGACAAAAACACCAUUAUCAAAAGUGACCGCAAAUGCGAUUUAUGAAUGUAAUGCUUUUAUUUUAAAGGUGCAAUUCUAUGGUGAAAAAUGAUCUUCCCCAAACUUGAAACUCACGUACUGCUUAUGUACGCCAGUUAGGCUCUACACCCCUUGUAAGGCGGAUUAAUGUGCUUAAUUUUAAGAAGUUAUUUGGCCACUUUAGUUGUGAUACAAACCUUCUCAAAACAUAUAGGCCUAUGGGCUAGGCUACAUGAGGUGUGCGACUAUGAUUUUAAAAAAUCGCCAAAAAAAGGCAAUGUUUCUUGCCUUACACUGGGCAUCAUUCACAAGUGAUAAUAUAUAAUUCACAAGUGAUAGGUUAAUAUUGUCACCCGUCAGACCAUUCUUGAUUUAAUCUUGUCUUUACAUAUACUAAAUAAUAUAUGUGUGAAAUUUGUUUUGAUUUAGAAUAAACCAUUAUCAUGCACCUGUCUCGAAACAGGGGCAGGGGAAAAAAUACAUGUCAUCUAUGGACUUAAAUAGCGAAUGGAGGACGCUUUUCCCGUGGUUAAUUUUCAUGCCAGCCAGGUAGGCUAUACUUCUGUUGUAAAGAUAAGCAAUGUGCUUAAUAUUAGGAAAGUUGAGAAAUAAAUAUAGUAGGCCUAGCCUAUAGAAAGCUGAUGGGGAUCCUCCUCUUUUUAGUAGAGGCCAUCACUCUGUUUGUCUUGCAUAGCCUAUAGAAAUGUUGCGCAACAUGAGCUCAUGGGCUCUCGUGAAGUGUUUGAUUAGAUUUUCGAUUACAUUUGCAUUGAAGUCAGAGUGAUCAGAGGGACAAUAGAGUGCUGAGUACCAGGCAGUUAGCAAGUUUGGUAGGCUACUAAUGACCAUCAGCAGCAUCAGAGCUUGGAGAAGCCUAAUUACCGUGACUAAAUGGUCACGUGGAAUUUGACUGCCUUCAUGACUCGUGACCGUCGGUGUGGCGGUAAUACGGUCACCGCAACAGCCCUAUGCACAACUAACUUCAUUAGAUUUGAUCACUUUACACAUUUAUUUUGGGAUCCACCCAUUUAUCCACUCCUGUAAACGUCAUUUGCCUAAUGACUUCUGAGUGGAGAAGGACUGUCUCAUUUCAUACAAGCACAUUUUCGUCCAAGUCACUCUCCUCACCACCUCUCCUCGAUUACCUUUGACCUUUUUCAAAAGUAGCCGAGGGGCGGACAGUGACGGAGGAGUUAGCUAGCAUUAUUGCGAAAAUGCCAUAACUUCAGCCACUUGCGAAUUGAAGGCAAGUUGGCAAGUGCACUGUUUGGAUGCUGAAAUUAUUUUGGACGAACAUGCGAAGGUAACCUACGUUUUGAAGUGAUUUGUUUGACAAUUAGUUGAAAAUAUCAUGACUGGUUGUGUUCAUGCCACAUUAAAAUCUAAUACAUUUUUACAGUUAAAUAACGUCUUUACUAUAAAACCCAUAAAAAAACACACAUAGAAGGUCCCGUGAAAAAAACAUGACUCCUUUUGGAAAUGUGUGUGUGUGUGUGAUCACAGUGCUUUGCUGUGGGUGUUGCUUCUCCUUCUGUCUCUGUAAAACAAAGGUAUUGACAGUCUGAAUAUUCAUAUCCUGUCUGCCUCUCUCUCUGUGGGAGAAUACUGAAUACAUGAUCAUCACCUGUCUACUGAAAGAGAAGAGAAGAGAGCAAGCGAGAGAGACGAGUGAGUCCGAUAGAGAGAGAGAGAGAGAUGAGAUGGGUGAAGGGAGAACGAGUCAUUUACAUAUUCAAUUUUUUGCGCAAAUGCAAAUCCGGAUAAAAUGCAAAUCCAUCUCAUUACAUACAGUGUGUGUGUGUGCCUGCCUGUGUGUGUGUGUUUCUCUAUGACCCUGUCCUGUUGUCCUCUCUCUCGCUCUCUUGUCUGUCUGUCUGAGUCAGAAGUGCCCCUGACCGUUCCAGUGUGUCAGCUGUCAGCUGUCUAGGUGAUGGAUAGAGGGAGGGACGGAGUGAUGGAUGGAUGGAGUGAUAAAUGAGAGGCAUGGAUGGACAUCAGAGGGAGUUAUGGGUGCCCGAUAGACCUGGGGAAAACGAGAUGAGUUUUUCAGAGUUAACCAUUGUAGAGUAGUGACCCCAAGGCUGUCCCAAUCACUGCUCUGUGAUCAAGGGGCUCUUCUGAAUUGUAACGGAAUGUAGCUACUUAAACUUUGCAACCUAGUCUGAUUACGUAAUCCCUCUUGUGUUCCGGUACUACCUCUUGUGGUUUGUGAACAAAACCAGAUGAACUAUGAUUAUCCUCAAAGGAGAUGUGUGUCACCUCUGCAGUGUGUGGUGUAGUUAGACACAACAGGACAUCUGUAUGAGAGUCGAGUUAGAUAUUAUAAAUGGCUCCUCUGAGUGAGUGAGAUGUCAGCCUGUCAGCCUGGCUUCCCCUUAGGGUAAACCAGGAUUAGCUCCUACCUCACCACCGCACGCACACAGCCCUGUGUGUUUGUAUGUGUAAUGCAUUUGUCUCUGUGAAGGUGUUGACACUUGUCGUCUUUGAGUUCAUCUCUCCUCUUCCUCCAUCAGUCACCCAGACCUGCUAGUUACAUACUAGGCUAGGUGGAUUUAGUUUCGCAUUCACACAGUGUUUAGUGUGUGUAGGCUCAUGCUGGGGGAGGGCGGGUGGAGGGGUGUGCGAAAAUGACAGGGAGAAUUUGAUAGCAGGGCAAAAGCCCCCGGCAAAAUUAGGGAUCGAGAGCGAAAGAGACGAGCGCGAUGAGAGAGAGAGGAGAGAGAGAGAGAGAGCGCGAGAUGAGGAGACUGAGCGAGUACUGAAGGAGGAGUAGUAGCGAAGUUCUAGAGGACUUUUAUCUACCUCGCUCUCUCGCUCUCUCUCUCUCUCUCUCUCUCCUCUCUCUCUGUCCCCUCCUCUCUCUCUCGUAUCUCUCUCUCUCUCUCUCUCUCUCUCUCUUCUCUCUCUCUCUAUCCCUUACAGAGUUUGUAGUAGGCUACACUCAUUUACUCACUCUACCCAACUCAGCAGUUUCUGUAAAAUGAAGAGCGAAGGGGAAGGAGAAACUAUAGAAGUGGAGAGGGAUCUCUCGCACACACACACACACACACACACACACACACACACACACACACAGAGAGAGUUUAGAAAUAAUAGAGAGUAAUGUGAGUUGUCUACCUCCUACCUGCUGGGUUUGGCUAGCAGCUUCAGCUGCUCUCAUCAGGAGAUUGGAGACAAAAGCCAAGAAUCUGACUGUUUACAGUGUGUGUGUUUGUGUGUGUGUCCUACUGUCCUUCCUCCUCUGUCACCUGCCCUCACACACACACACUCCUACUGUGUGUAUUCCUGUCCUGCCCUGCAGGGGGCGGGACUCCUGUCUCUCUGAGUCUGAUGGAUGACCCAGGGGCUGUCCAUCAAAGAGACACGCGAUACCUGACCUCCCGUUGACAUGAACACACACACAUUGUCUCUCUCACACACAUGCACAAACACACUGGCACACAUACAACCAUACUGGCACAUAUAUUUUGGCACACUGUGAGCUAUUGAGCUGUAGCAGGAGGACAAGACUCAAUGCUGUGAGCUGGCUUUGUCUCCAUCCCACCCAGCCUUUCUCCCUUUUCUCCACAAUGAACAGAGGGAAGGUGAAAGAAAGAGAGAGAGAGAGAUAGAUAGAGAGAGAGAGCGAGAGAGAGAGAAGGAGAAUAAGAAAGGGAGGGAGUGUGGCCAUAAACACUCCUUAGUCUUUUCACGUCACUCUUUCUUUCUUUUUUCUGUCCUUCUCUCUUCUCAUUCCGUCUCUGAUAUUCUCGAUUUUUCAUCAUUCCUCUCUCUGAAGUGAAAAGGCUUGUGUGUGUCAUGAUGUGUGUUUGUGCUGAAAAGGGAGAGUGAGCGUUGACCUGGAAUGACAGCUCAUAAGGGUAUUAUGAAGGUGUCAUUAACCCUACAUAAGAGAGGGCUAUAGUAGACUGCUGCUCUCUUUCUCGCUCGCUCUCUCUCUCUCUCCUUCUCUCCACUCCUCUUUCCCCUCUGUCGCACCCUCACAAAGACCACCACCCUCAACAGUUUAUGACCUUGUGGUGUCACACACACACACACACACACACACACACACACACACACACACACACCAAGGCCUCUACUGACAAUAUUAUAAUACCCGGAACUUGGCAUGUAGCCUAUACACUCACUCAUUGAUAGCUGGGCUCAGUCAAAUAAAUACAUGUACUUUUCUUUUCUUACUAGCACUGACUUUCAGAGAACUUCUUUAUUGAGGAAAAAUGUACUUACUACGACUGUGUUAUGUUGCUGUCUCACCUAGCUAUCUUAAGAUGAAUGCACUUACUGUAAGUCGUUCUGUAAAAGAGCGUCUGCUAGCUAAAUGACUCAAAUGUAAAAUGUAGACAUCAAGGCCUACAGCUGUAAAGUGUUUGACAUACAGCCAUAAAAGCAGUGUUAACGGAUAUGAAUGGCUCCUAUCUGUGUGUGUGUGUGCAUGUUCUUAUGCUAUCAGUGUUUGAACUGGUAUCGAUUGAGCUAUAAAAAAAACAAUAACAAUCUUCAAAGCAUUCCUUUGUGUUUGAGAGAGAGAAGAGAGAGAGAGAGAGAGAGAGAGAGAGAACAUGUAAGGAAGAGUGUGUGAGAGGCAGAAGAGAGAGAACAUGUAAGGAAGAGUGUGUGAGAGGCAGAAGAGAGAGAUGGUAAGGAAUAUAGAGAGAGAGCGUGAGAAAGAAAGUGUGUGAGCGAGGUAGAGCCUCCCAGAAGGAGAGUGAUGGUUAGGACAGCGUUGAUUACAGAGACGGGACAUUCCUAUGGGAAGACUUCCUCUACUGUUGAGUGUCAUAAAACACUCUGUCAUACACACACACACACACACACACACACACACACUGUCAUCCCCCAUUUUCACACACAAACUCUGUCACCCUCCCACCCCUCCCCUACACACACUCUGUCAUUCCCACAUUCUGAACCACUACCACUGCGAUGACUUGGUCAUCCCCGGAAAUGAAAUAGGAGGAGUUAAUAACAUAAUUACUUCUAGAAGAGUUGUUAAGUAUUUAAUUAAUGGGUUGGCAACUAUGGGGGUUGGGCACUCUGAAUAUGUCAAACUAAGUAUUGUCAUGUCAAUGCAUUUGUCCUUUGUUGAUUGUAAAUGAAUGAAAAUUAAUGGAAUCCCACCUCUCUCUGUAGCAUGUAAGGUUGGUUUCAACAGAGCUGUAACUACAGACGGAGCAUGUUCUAAGUGUCCUCCACACAGUCACUCAGAGAAGGAGGGGGCUACUGUCUGUGAAUGCAACCAGGGAUACUACCGUUCUGAGAGUGACCCUGCAUCUAUGCCCUGCACACGUAAGAACACACACACACACACAAUUUCCCCCAGGGGGUCGAUCAAUCGAUCAGUCUACACAUCUGUACUCUUUCUCCUCUCUAUUCCUCUUCUCUCUUUUGUCCUUCCUCUUUCCUUUUUUUUGCCCUCUGUCUCUUUCAUCUUAGUCCUCCCUCUGUACUGAUCCAAUGACUUAUGACUAAUCCACCAUGUCCUGGAUGGGAGAUAAGGCAUUGCGAUCGAAUGAAUAAUCCUCAGGCUCAGCCUCAGUUACAUGUCACUUUCUGCCCCUCUCUCUCUCUCCUUCUCUCUCUCUCUCUCUCUCUCUCUCUCUCUCUCUCUCUCUCUCUCAGCAACUGUGAUCUGACUGAGACCUUGGUCUGUUUGUCGUAAACUUAAUUAUGCCUAUAUACAGCACAUGGUUCAGCCAGUCAGCCUGAGAAAACAGACAACACACACAAAACAUAACGGAAAACUGUACCACAGAGGAAAGUAUAUGUAACCAUAACCACAAUAUAUUUUCUAACUCAACCUCCCUGUGCUAUUUAUCCCAGAACCCCCAUCUGCUCCGCAGCAGCUGAUCUCCGAGGUCAACGAGACAUCAGUGGUUCUGGAGUGGAGCACCCCCCUCAGGCUCGGAGGGAGACGUGAUAUCAGCUACAGUGUGGACUGCCUGCUCUGCCACGGACCUGAGGGUCAAACCGGGAAUCAAACUCCGAUGGGGAGUCAACUUGGAGAAGCUGGUAGCCUUGGGGGUCUUAAGGAGCCUCUUGGGGCCCAGCUCUGCUUGCCCUGCAGUCAAGACGUCCUGUUCUCCCCCCAGCAGAGUGGCCUAAGGGCCACCAGAGUGUGUGUGAGCGAGCUGCAGGCACACACACGCUACACCUUCACCAUCCGCGCCCGCAACGGGGUCUCCCAGGGCCACACUGCAGGGGCAGGACAGAGUGUGUCUGUCACUCUCACCACCAACCAGGCCGGUGAGUUUAUGUGUGAAGGAGUAUGUAAGUAAGGUGGGGAGUUUGUGUGUUUUCAGGGGCCAAGCACAGGCUGUCCAUUGCAUGGGGUGUGGGGGAUUGAGGGGUGCUUGCGAGUGUGUGUGAGAAUGUCUGUGAAGCGGGUAGCCUUUAAUGUGGGAAUGUGAAUUGGAUUAAGUUUGAAUAAGUUUGUGUGCCUAGUGGUGUGUGUCUAUACAGUGCCUUCAGAAAGUAUUCAGUUACAGCCUGAAUUCAUAAUUGAUUAAAUACCCCAUAAAGGGAAAAGGUGUUUUUAGAAAAAAAAUGUUUUAUUGAAAAUUAAAUACAGAACGAACACAUUUACAUAAGUAUUCACACCCCUUUGCUAUGACACUCGAAAUUGAGCUCAGGUGCAUCCAAUUUCGUUUGAUCAUCCUUUAGAUGUCAGUACAACUUGAUUGGAGUCCACAUGUGUCCAAUUAAAUUGUUUGGACAUGAUUUAGAAAGAAACACCCCUUGUCUAUAGAAGCGCAUGUCAGAGCAGAAACUAUACCAUGAAUUCCAAGGAACUGUCCGUACAUCUCCGAGAUUAAGCAUAUAUUUGGGGAAGGGUAUAAAACAAUUUCUAGAGUGUUGAAAGUUUCCAAGAGCACAGUGGUCUCCAUCAUUGGGAAAUUGGAAAAUAAUUGAACUACCCAGACUCUGCCUAGAGCUGGCCGUCCGACCAAACUGAGCAACCGGGCAAGAAGGACCUUGACCAAGAACCCAAUGACCACUCUGACAGAACUACAGAGUUCCUUGGCUGAGAUGGGAGAACCUGCCAGAAGAACAACCGUCUUUACAGCACUUCACCAAUCUGGGCUUUAUGGUAGAGUGGCCAGACGGAAGCCACUCCUGAGAAAAAGUCACAUGACCGCACGCUUGGAGUUUGCAAAAAGGCACGUGAAAGACUCAGAGCAUAAGGCCAAAGAUUCUGUGGUCUGAUGAGAUGAGAUAAAACACUUUGGCCUGAAUACAAAGCGCAAUGUCUGGAUAAAACCAGGCACAGUACAUCACCCGUCUAACACCAUCCCUACCGUGAAGCAUCAUGCUAUGUGGAUGAAUGGUAAGGAUACAGGGAACAAUGAAUGGACGUUCCAACAGGACAGCCAAAGCAAGGCUAGAAUGGCUUCAGAACAAGAAUGUGAAAGUCCUUCAGUGGACCAGCCAAAGGCCAGACUUGAAUCCCACUGAAAAUCUGUGGAAAGACUUGAAGAUUGCUGUUCAGCGCUGAUCCCCAUCUAACUUAACAGAGCUUGAGAAAAUGGAAGAAAAUCCCCAAAUCCAGAUGUGCAAAGCUAAUAUUUACAUUUUAGUCAUUUAGCAGACGCUCUUAUCCAGAGCAACUUACUGGAGCAAUUAGGGUUAAGUGCCUUGCUCAAGGGCACAUCAACAGAUUUUUCACCUAGUCAGCUCGGGGAUUAGAACCAGCAACCUUUCAGUUACUGGCACAACGCUCUUAACCACUAAGCUACCUGCCGUCCAUAAUACAGACAUACCCAAGACGACUUAAAGCUGUAAUCGUUGCCAAAGGUGUUUCUACAAAGUAUUGACUCAGACGUGUGAAUACUUAUGUAAAUGAGAUAUUUCUGUAUUUCAUUUUCGAUAAAUUUGCAUGUAAUCCAUUUUUAAUUCAGGCUGUAACAAAAUGUGGAAUAAGUUAAGGGGUAUGAAUACAUUCUGAAGGCACUGUACAUGGGAGUUAUGUGUGUGCGUGUCUGAGUGUGUUUGUGUCAAACUCUCAAGGAGUUACUUGUCUCAGUGACAUAAACAGAAUGCCACAGUGAUGUCAUCAUCUUAUUGGUUUAUGUUGAUGUUUAGAUUGCGUGUGCGUGCGUGCGGGGAGAAAGUCUGCUCGUUUGAUCACCUCUACAUUUAGGAUGUCUGUAUAGUUUUACGAGGUGUUGCAUUUUAGCUUCUUCGGGGAGUGUGAGUCAGAUGGGGUGUGUGCUUAUGUAUGUUUUUUUUCGUGUGGUUUACUGUAUGUGAACUGUAACACAGCCCACUCACUCUAGUAUCUUUACAAUGUCUUUGGCUGCGUUUACACACGAAGCCCAAUUCUGAUAUAUUUUCCACUAAUUUAUCUUUUGACCAAUCACAUCAGAUCUUUUCACAUCAGAUCUUUUUCAGAGCUGAUCUGAUUGGUCAAAAUAUCAAUGAGUGAAAAAAAAAAGAAGAUCCGAUUUGGCUGCCUGUCUAAACGCAGCCUCUGAGUCACAGAUAGUGGCUGCUCUAACUACCUGGGAAGUGUGUUGUUUCCUUGUGUAGCGUAAUGACACCUACUGGGUGCAAAAUGAGAAGGCUGGGAACUAUUACUCAAAGGCAAAACAGUGUUGUCAUUCAAUACUCAUACACUCUGAAAUAACUAUUUUCUCUUUAGUGAGUCAGCAUCAUAUACUGUAUCCAUACAAACACAUAGACUAAACCCUCUUCUCCUGACAUUCAGGAUGUCAGAGGGAUUAUCACAAUAAUACAGGGACAUAAAAGAAAGAGGAAGACUAUAUUAGAGGGAUAGAAAGGAAGUGGGAAAGACAAGGAUAAAGGGAUAGAAAGGAAGUGGGAAAGACAAGGAUAAAGGGAUAGAAAGGAAGUGGGAAAGACAAGGAUAAAGGGAUAGAAAGGAAGUGGGAAAGACAAGGAUAAAGGGAUAGAAAGGAAGUGGGAAAGACAAGGAUAAAGGGAUAGAAAGGAAGUGGGAAAGACAAUGAUAAAGGGAUAGAAAGGAAGUGGGAAAGACAAGGAUAAAGGGAUAGAAAGGAAGUGGGAAAAGACAAGGAUAAAGGGAUAGAAAGGAAGUGGGAAAGACAAUGAUAAAGGGAUAGAAAGGAAGUGGGAAAGACAAGGAUAAAGGGAUAGAAAGGAAGUGGGAAAGACAAGGAUUAAAGGGAUAGAAAGGAAGUGGGAAAGACAAGGAUAAAGGGAUAGAAAGGAAGUGGGAAAGACAAUGAUAAAGGGAUAGAAAGGAAGUGGGAAAGACAAUGAUAAAGGGAUAGAAAGGAAGUGGGAAAGACAAGGAUAAAGGGAUAGAAAGGAAGUGGGAAAGACAAUGAUAAAGGGAUAGAAAGGAAGUGGGAAAGACGAUGAUAAAGGGAUACAAAGGAAGUGGGAAAGACAAUGAUAAAGGGAUAGAAAGGAAGUGGGAAAGACAAGGAUAAAGGGAUAGAAAGGAAGUGGGAAAGACAAGGAUAAAGGGAUAGAAAGGAAGUGGGAAAGACAAGGAUAAAGGGAUAGAAAGGAAGUGGGAAAGACAAUGAUAAAGGGAUAGAAAGGAAGUGGGAAAGACAAGGAUAAAGGGAUAGAAAGGAAGUGGGAAAGACAAGGAUAAAGGGAUAGAAAGGAAGUGGGAAAGACAAUGAUAAAGGGAUAGAAAGGAAGUGGGAAAGACAAGGAUAAAGGGAUAGAAAGGAAGUGGGAAAGACAAGGAUAAAGGGAUAGAAAGGAAGUGGGAAAGACAAUGAUAAAGGGAUAGAAAGGAAGUGGGAAAGACAAUGAUAAAGGGAUAGAAAGGAAGUGGGAAAGACAAUGAUAAAGGGAUAGAAAGACAGGAUGAAAAGAGGUGAGACAGGUCGUGGCCUGUUCCCCAGAGAAAAGGUAAAAGUGUCACCCAGGACUCAGCUGUGGUGAAUUGGGUCAUUGUGAUUGCCAUCAAACGUUCAGGGAAAUUGUUUUUUUAUAACUCAAAAUGUGUUAUGCGGAUGUUAUGCCAUUGCGUCUUAUGCAUUAUUUUCUGGUGAACUAUUCAAGAGAUUCAAUACACAAACAUAGAAGCCAUGAUAUAUCUUGUUCUGUCGUAGUUCUUCAACUUGUGUACCUCUCUCACUCACUCAGCUCCCUCCCCAGUUACAUCCAUCCAGGCCGGUGAUGUCACCAGGCAUGGUGUGUCAUUGGCAUGGCAACAGCCCGACCGUCCCAAUGGGGUCAUCCUGGAGUAUGAGGUCAAGUACUACGAGAAGGUGAGAUGCCUCAUGGGAACCGCGGUUCAGAAAUCAGAUAUUCUACACUCUUAGAAAAAAGGGUUCCAAAAGAGUUAUUCGGCUGUCCCCAUAGGAGAACCAGUUUGGGUUCCAGGUAGAACCCUAUGUGGAAAGGGUUCUACAUGGAACCCAAAAGGGUUCAACCUGGAACCAAAAAGGGUUCUUCAAAGGGUUCUCCUAUGGGGACAGCCAAAGAACCCUUUUAGGUUCUAGAUAGCACUUUUUUUUUCCUGUUAUGUUAUGUGUAUCUAUACAUGUUUGUGAGUGUUCACAUGCUAUCUGCUUAAACUGGUAUCAAUAGACCUAUGAAACAACCAAUAAACAAUCUUCAAAGCAUUCCUUGUGUUUGACACGGAAAAAGAGAGAGGGAGAAAUGGAGAUAACAUGAUUAAAAAAAAUUAGUGGGAGUUGGGAGAGAAACAGAGAGAAAGAUAGACGGGAGUGAUCUGUAAUUGUGUGGCUACAGUUUGUGUCCUUGCUUGUCUUGUUUUGUGAUUAUAGACCUAGAGUCCACAGGGAGAGGUAUUUCACUCCAGAUCCACACAGAUAACAUUGUUCUACAACUUCAAGUUACAUUUUAGGAUCAUGACCUCAUCCGUUACCCCUUUUCUUUACACUUGCCAAUUAAAAUGAGGUGUAUUUAAGUUAUGCUGUAUUUUGGAAAGGUUCAUAUAUUUGACCACAGAUUUCUGCUCAGGCAUUGACACAUUCCUCCCGUUUCUCUCUUCCUGUCUCUCAUCCAAUCAGGAUCAGAAGGAGAGCUCCUACCGCAUCAUGAAGACGGCGUCUCGCAGUGCUGACAUCACUGGGCUGAGCCCGCUUACUGUGUACUUGUUUCAGGUGCGCGCUCGCACAGCCGCCGGAUACGGAGAGUUCAGCGCCCCCUUUGAGUUCUCCACCAACUCAGGUAGAACACAUGUAUUCUAUUCUAUUCUGUUCGGCUGUUUUUGAGCAAGGGAUAUAGCAUUUUUUGUAACCUGUUUUUGAAUGAAAACAUCCUUGUUUGUAACCUGUUGUCUCCUCCCCCUGACAGAUCCCUUGCCUCUGAUUGGUGAUGCCGCUAACUCCACCCUGCUCCUGCUGUCAAUCAGCGGAGGUGUGAUUCUACUGCUCAUCUCCACCGCAGUCUUCAUCAUCAGCCGCAGGUACAAACACGCACAGCCUCAGAAACACACACACAUCUGUGUGUGUGUAUCACCUGGGGCUUUGGAGGGGGAUUAGAGAGGAGACAGUGUGUCCUUCUAAAGGACUGAUUGCUCACCUGGUAAUCCCCUUGUCCCUGAUUUAUCAUUAGUGUCUCCAUAACAACACAGCCACUGUAUCGGCUUCCCCCUGGCCUCCAAACACUCACACACAACCUCUCCCUUGAGGCCUCUUUUUAAUAUUAAUAAUUAAUAUGCCAUUUAGCAGACGCUUUUAUCCAAAGCAACUUACAGUCAUGCGUGCAUAAUUUUUUUUUGUGUAUGGGUGGUCCCGGGGAUCGAAUCCACUACCUUGGCGUUACAAGCGCAGUGCUCUACCAGCUGAGCUACAGAGGACCACACUGCUUAAAGACACAAUGGGUGUUACAGACAGGUUCUGUAAGAACACACCUUUCUUCCUAUAUUACCCGAGGCACUAUUCUCUCUCCUUCCCACCCUCCAUCCCCCCUUCUCCUUCUUCCCUUCUACUCGUCUUAAAUAGCCAAUCUCUGCUUGGAUUGGUCAAAGUAGCUGUCAAUCACUCACAUUGUGUGUUCUGUGCCACUCACUACUUCUUCCUCUACCUCUCUUCUUUCAGGAGGGGCAAAUACAGCCAAGCCAAGCAAGACUCAGAGGAGGAGAAACACCUAAACCCAGGUAAGACCACACAUGCACACACACACACACUCACACUCCAUUCUAUUCUGUGUCUCCAUCCCUUCAAACUCAUUUUCUCAACCCAUCAUCUUCCCUUUCUCCAUCUGUAGAUGUGAGGAUAUACGUGGACCCGUUCACCUAUGAGGACCCGGACCAGGCGGUUCAUGAGUUUGCCAAAGAGAUUGACGCCUCCAACAUACACAUAGAGAAGGUCAUUGGCAUCGGUAAGGGAGCCUGACACACAUUCACACACACACACACACACACAACACACACAAACUCACAGUAAAUCAUCGAGGUUUGAAGGUGUGUGUGAUACUAAUGCUGUGUGUUGUAGGGGAGUUUGGGGAGGUGUGUAGCGGCCGUCUGCGUCUCCAGGGAAAGAGGGAGAUCUACGUGGCCAUAAAGAGUCUGAAGGCAGCAUACUCCAACAAACAGAGGCAGGACUUCCUCUCUGAGGCCAGCAUCAUGGGACAGUUCGACAACCCGAACAUCAUCCGACUGGAGGGUGUGGUCACACGCUGUGAGUGAUUGACAGCUACUUUGACCAAUCCAAGCAGAGAUUGACAGGUUCUGUCUGCAUUUAUAUAGAUACAAAAAAGCAGAGGACCCGAAACUGAUCCUUGUGGAACACCCCCCUGUCUUAAUCACUGCUUGUUUGACUCCUGUGCAGGUAAACCAGUGAUGAUCAUCACAGAGUACAUGGAGAAUGGAUCUCUCGACGCCUUCCUCAGGGUAAGAGAGAGAAAAGGUCUGUCUGUGUCUGUCUGUCAGUCUUUGUACUGCGUGUUAUGUUCUAAAGCAGGGGUGUUUUUGGUUUUUCCUUUCAAUUAAGACCUAGAAAACCAGAUGAGGGGAGUUCCUUACUAAUCAGUGACCUUAAUUCAUCAAUCAAGUACAAGGGAGGAUGAAAACCCGUAGACACUCAGCCCUCCGUGGAAUGAGUUUGACACGUGUUCUAAAGUCUCUCUCUCUCUCUCUCCAUUAGAAACAUGACGGUCAGUUCACAGUGAUCCAGUUGGUGGGCAUGCUGCGUGGCAUCGCGUCGGGCAUGAAGUACCUGUCUGACAUGAGCUACGUUCACCGAGACCUGGCUGCCCGCAACAUCCUGGUCAACAGCAACCUGGUGUGUAAGGUGUCUGACUUCGGCCUGUCACGAGUACUCCAAGAGGACCCUGAGAAUGCCUACACUACACGGGUAAGAACACAGAAACACAGGGAAGAACAUAGAACACAAACAUGCCUAUUACUCUGGGGUAAUGAUUUAGUAUGUAAAAUAUGUUCAUGUUUUAAUGAUUGUAAGAUCACUCACCUUUGAAAUGUGGGUCCUUAUUAGCACUAUAAUGCUAGACUGUGGAUCCAAAUAAAGCAUUCCUCAGUUUCUUCCCAUGUGUUACAGGAGGUGACUGGGACAUACCACUCUCCAGGGGGGAAGAUCCCCAUCAGAUGGACCUCUCCAGAGGCCAUCGCCUACAGGAAGUUCACCCCAUCCUCUGACACCUGGAGCUACGGCGUGGUCAUGUGGGAGGUGAUGUCCUAUGGAGAGAGACCAUAUUGGGACAUGAGUAACCAGGAUGUAAGUGUGUUUUCUAUGCAAUAACUCAACUGGAUUUUCCCCUGAAAGUGCAAUAUUUUUCAUGUGGACUGAAGCAAAGUUAGACAGUUAUAGUGCAUUCGGAAAGUAUUCAGACCCCUUGACUUUUUCCACAUUUUGUUACGUUACAGCCUUAUUCUAAAAUUGAUUAAAUAUUUUUUUCCCUCAUCAGUCUUCACACAAUACCCCAUAAUGACAAAGCGAAAACAGGUUUUUAGAAAUGUUUUCAAAUGUAUUCACUGUAGACUAAGUUAGUUAAACAUGCUUUCUUACCCUCUUUCUCUAUACCCUCUUCUCUCUCCCUCCCCCUCUCUCCAGGUGAUAAAAGCAAUAGAUGAGGGCUACCGUCUGCCCCCUCCAAUGGACUGUCCUGUGUGUUUACACCAGCUGAUGUUAGACUGCUGGCAGAGAGAGAGAACACACAGACCCAGCUUCACACAGAUCCUCAACAUGCUGGAUAAACUCAUCCGCAACCCGACCACCACUCUGAGGACAGGAGGAGACCGGUACACACACACACAGGACACAAUGUCUUUCAUUGCAAGCUCUUUCAAUGUGCUUUCAGCAUAACAUUCACUCACCAUAACUAUCUCAUCCUCUUUCUUUAUCUCUCUGUGCAGACCUGUUCCCAGUCUGUUGGAGCCUGUAGUAGGUCCAGAGUUUGUGUCAGUGUGGUCAGUAGAAGACUGUCUCCAGGCUAUAGGGAUGGGCAUGUACAGAGACACCCUCACUGCUGCUGGAUACACCAGCCCUGACAGCCUGCUAACCCUCACACACCAGUGAGUCUCUCUCUCUGUCUGUCUCUCGCUAUCUCUUUCUCUCUGUCUAUCUCUCUGUCUCUAUCCCCCCCCCCCCCCUCUAUAUAUCACUAUCGCUCUCUCUGUUUCUCUCCCUCUAUCCCCCUCUCUCUGUCUGUCUGUCUGUCUGUCUGUCUAUCUGUCUGUCUCUUUCUUUCUUUCUGUGUGGGUGUGUGCAUGGUCUUCUUCAUGUCUAAUUGAAUUAUUCCAUGUUUCCAGGGACAUGGCCAGUAUAGGAAUCGUCACACGAUCCCACCAGGACCAGAUCCUUGCCAGUGUGCAGCAGGUAUUGCUGUCCCACAUGCAACAAAUACAGGAACAGAUGCCAGACAGUAUGGUUCCUGUCUGAGCCAGUGAAUGGAUACAAAACUGAAACAAUUUGUUUUUUAUGAUUUCCAUUUACCUUAUCCAUGCACUUUAGAAUGAGAUUUUCACAAGGAAUAACAUCAACAUACAAAAAACUACAACAGAAAAUAUGAACGGAGGAGAGAAAAGCAGCACUUUUAUAAACCCUAUAACCUUUGACCUUUGA